CUGCCCCCGUCGAGCGUGCAUCCCGCUUUUUCGCGUCACCCGGCCCAUUCGCGAUGUUUUCUCAACCGCGACCGGCCCCAGAAACAUGAUCUACUCCCAGUAUCCGCGAUCUCGUUAUCCGCGGAAAUCCUAUUUUUUGCCUUGAUACGGAGAUCUAGACAUACAGACAUACGCGAGUGUAGCAUUUCGUAGUUCUUUUUGCUCCCCUUCUAAAAUUAGCCUCAGAACAUUUAGAAACAUGAUCUCCCAGUAUCCGCGCUCUCAUUAUCCGCGGAUCUGUCAUUUAUUGCCUUGAUACGGAGCUCCAGACAUCCGCGAGUCUGGAAUCUCAUGGUUCACUUUGCUCCCCUUCUAAAAUUAGCCUCAAAUAAUUUUAUUUAUGCGCGACUGUUAUCAUUUGCAGCCCGCUGGACCUUUAAUAAUUUUUUUAUGUUAAAGAAGUAAGUCAUCAAGAAAUUUAGUCGGACAAGGGUUUAUUUUUCGUUUCGUUUCGUUUUCAUCAGUACUGCGCAACGGUUUAUGUUUCCGUGCUUUGAUUCUUAUUCGCGGUUUUUUUCUUACCCACGCUACCUGAACUUUCGGUCAUCGAUAAAAAACUGAGCGUGAUUCUUUAGCUUUCUCAGAUUUAUUUUUAAACUUUACCCUCUUUUAAUCGAUAGAGUCAAAACGUUUUAUUUUUGAGUGGAUAUGUUUUGAUGAACUUUUUGUUUUUGGACGGUUAUCCCUCUGAAAUUUCGAAACCUUUUAACAUUGGAGCUUUUUCAAGUUUGAUAAAUAAAUUCAAUGAUUAAUGUUAUUUUUAGCGAGAAUUAUACGUUAUUAAGGUGUGAUUAGAGACAGUGCACCAGCUUGUAAGACCUGCCAUUGGGCGACUGACUUUCGCACGAAUUCAGGAGCUUACAUCGAUUCGUGUUUCUGAGAAGAGAAACCCUUGCUUCCAAAGAAUCAACAGGAAGUGUGAUGAAUUCAACAGAGGAUGAGCCGGUGGCUGUCAUUGCUCUCGUGGCGACCGUGCCUACUCUGCCCAAUCCCGUUGCACUGCCGCACAGCAAAAAACCAACAGUCAUCGUCUAUCCAUCAGUGUCGCCGGAGACGAUUGUCAUCCCGAUCGUCUCAUGCAUCAUCGGUUUCCCGCUCUUCGCCCUCCUCGUCAUCUGUUGCCUGAGGCGGCGCGCCAAAUUGGCCCGUGAGAGGGAUCGCAGACGCACACAGAACUUCGAUCCUGAUCGCAGCGGAAUUUCUUUGGCGAGACUCGGAACUAUGCACCGAUUAGGUGUGUACCUGGCGGGCCCGAACGGGGGUCGUUCGCGGGCGGUGAGCCUGAAGGGCGAGCGGGGGAUGGGGCGGGGGUUCCCCUCGCUGGACCUGGACACGGUGGUGGAAGAGCGCUCGGAGGCCGACCCGGAGACGACCAUGAUCGAAGUCCUGACGUCGCCGGACAGCUAGCAGACGCCGCCGGCCCCGCCGCCCGCCGUCGUCGCGGAUGCCGGCCCGGGGCCCCCGCCCCUCCCGGAGGUCUUCACCGUCGCCGCAAAGGUCUCCGUCGCCCUCCAGACCAACCUCAAGCCGGCGCCCCGCGCGCCCCUCUGGUCAACGCUCACCAACAACAAAGACGACGAUAGUUGACUCUCGCCGGAGCCCCUCCCGUACUGAAUCCAAUUGGUUCUUCGGCUCACACCCGUAGCCAUGUGUGCCCUUUUCGCAAGAGCUCACUAUGUGUAGACAACACGAUUGACUUCUUUCGAAGCCCCAUUCCGCGCUUACUCCGUGGGGUUUAUUUGAGGCGCUCCGGUUUUGGCCCGCAGUGCCAACUUCCUCAGCGUCCGUCCGUCUUUAAGCCCUGCAUAGACGAUCGAAUUCCGAACCGAUUCCGAUCAAAGUAGACGUGCAGAUGACUGGUGGUCACCAUCUACCAUCAAAUUUUGACGGGCCGCACUUUUUU